UUAGAUCCAUCUUGUGAUUUUGAGAAGGAUCUCUGCUCGUGGAAACAAGCAACAUCAGAUGAUUUUGAUUGGACCAAAAACAGUGGUUCUACUCCUUCGGCUUCAACUGGACCAUCUUCUGGACACGGUGGAAAAGGUUAGAGGAUAUAAAGCAACUGCUUGCUGAGGACACUAUUUGAAAACUACCUCCUAAAUCAUACACUCGAGUAAAGAUAGACUUAGAUGAACAUAUCUACUUAAAGUUUUCUAGUUAAGAAUGACCGUGGAAGCCUUUCAAAUAAAUUGUUCUUUUUUUUUUUCCUUCAUUUGCUUUUGCUUUUCUUUUUCCACAGGAUACUACGUUUAUAUUGAGACUUCAAGUCCCAGAGUCCCUUAUGAUAGAGCAAUUUUGGAAUUCAAAGGAGUAAACAGAAAGACAGUCUGCUUAUCUUUCUACUAUCAUAUGUACGGGGUUCAUGUCAAGGCACUGAAUCUUUACAACGGCGGAAACAAAAUUUGGAACAUGAAGGGAGAUCAGGGAGACUCGUGGAAAAGGGCAGAAGUAACAAUCUCUGGUGAUUACGACGUAAGUUGAGUAUAGAAGCUGAUUGAGCUCUGGCUGGGCUGUUGUGAUGCUUCCUUGAGAAAGACAACCGAAUCUAGCCAACCCAUUACCCCACGCAAGAAAGUGAAUGUGUAAUAGCAAGUUGUUCGGUUGGACUGACGGAAAAAUGCUGAUUUAUUAACGAAUGACUAGAUUCUUUAAUAGUUGGCGAUUAUAAACGUGACUAUGAUUUGGUCUCGAUCCAUAAGCGAGAUGGAAAUUCAACUGAAUUGCGCUGCAGUGGCCUCGGAUCCUGCAAAAUAUUGGAUAUUUCAAAGACAUCGUUCGUUGUUCUUGAUUCUGUUUCUGUCAUAAUUCAUGUGUACAACUUACGAUUGUUGGCCUUGAACGUUUCAAUCAAUUUACGUAUAAAAAAAAAAAUACGACGUUUUGAUUAUAAAGGAAAGUAACAUCCAUAAUUUUCCUAUUUAGCUUAAAAUUGAAGGAGUUUCAGGGGACUCCUAUCAGGCUGACAUUGCCAUUGAUGAUAUAUCUGUACAAGAUGGUUCUUGCGGAGGAAUUCCCCCUCCACCGUCUCUUCCCCCUAUCCCACCGACGACACAGGGACCAGGUAGGGAAUAUCAUUUUGCGAAAAGACUCAGAUUUGUCACCUGGUUGAGAAAAAAGGUGUUCCUAAUCGUACGAAUUUCUACUGUGUAGUGUCGCCGCAAUCGUGUGGUAAAUCACCAGUAUCGAGGGUUAUUGGAGGAGUGAACGCAAACCCAGGGAGUUGGCCUUGGCAGGUAUGGCUGUUUCUUGAUAAUUCGUGAUUUUCCACAGUCCAGUUGCGAAAAACGCAUGACUUUUGCUUUAUUUUGUUUUGGGUUUUUCGAGUCACAUGUAGAGAGACUAGAUUGCAAAGCCCUCUCAGUGUUUGGGGAUUUUUAUUCUCCCCUCAGAUUGCGCUCUUAAGAGGAAGUGGCAAGUCUUUCAGUUGUGGUGGAUCAUUGAUAACUCCUGAAUGGGUGGUCACAGCAGCUCAUUGUAUCUCAAGAGGACAGUACGUACAUUUGUAUUAAAAAAACAAACAAACAAACAAGCAAAAAACCAAAAAACGUUUGCACAAUUUCCCCAGGAAAAGAGCAUAACCUUGACCAAUCAUAAUGAAUACGCUACUUUUGUUAUGAUGAGCUCUUCAGUUGAGUGGCCCAAGAAACCUGCAAAACCCACUCGAGCAAUUUCGCGCCGAGCGGGUUGGAUAACGUUUGAACACCGUUGAGGCCAAGUAAAUAUUUCUUUAUUAAUUUCGAUCGACAGUUGAGUUUAAUUACGUAAAAUUGGAUUUUAUUUCAUGAUUGAGCACAGCUUUUUCCGGGAUACAUAUAUACUUUGACUCUGUGUUACGCACUCAUUUCCUCUUCAUAAAUAAUUCAUUUCUUUAACGCCGACUUUGUUACAGACCUGGAAGUUACUACACGAUCCGCCUCGGAGAUCAUAACCGUCAUGUUAAUGAGGGAACUGAAGAAGAUAUUCCUGCCAAACGUGUAAUCGUACAUCCUGAUUACAACAAAAUUCCCAUCGACAGCGACAUCGCAUUGAUUCAGUUAUCUAAACCAGCUACCUUGAAUGCCAGAGUAAAAACUGUAUGUCUGCCUUCUCAGGAUGAAGUUGUUCCCACGUCUUCUAGAUGCUUUAUCACGGGUUUGUUUAGCUCAGCAAAUUGAUACUAUUCAAUAGGGUAGAAUGAAUUCUUGCAAAUUUAGAGGGUAAUAAAUUAUGGAGGUUCUAUAUGACACGAGAGAGAAACCACAUCAAGAAGAUACUACUUACAUUGAAAACAUAGCAAUCGCUUUCUGUACUAAAUCCAUUUGGGUUGAAAACAUUGUUAUUUCGUCCCACGCAAAAAAAACGGUAUAACGGUAUAACGGUUUUCUUAAGGAAAACAAACGUUAAACACAUGUAGUCUUCUCUAUCAAAGUAUUCAAGACGAAAUUGAAGAAUUUUACAUAACUGCAUUAACGUAACCCCUAAGGAAAUGGCCAUUGAAGUAACUGGAAUAUGUAAGGCUCGCAAAAAAAUAUUCUGCUUUGAUUUUACGGAUUUUUUUUAUCCAGUUUUUUAAUUUUUUACCCUUUUUCCUUUGUUGCAAUGUUCUUUGUUUGUCCAGGUUGGGGCAAGAUUAAGCAUCCCGGGUCCUCGCAUCACAUACUACAACAGGCCAAUUUACCUCCCGUCACAAACAGCGAGUGUGCUAAGAAACUUGCAAGCUCUCCAGGUAGGAAUUCUAGGGGGUCUUUACCUGAUAAGUCACAUUGUUUCCUUGUGUCGAUUCCGGAUUUUUCACACCUGCUUUGUUAAUCUAUUUAGGAGGCUCAUCUCUACAAAUAACUCAAAACAUGAUUUGUGCUGGUGUCAGUGGAACUAUUCUCAGUGGUUGCCACGGAGAUAGUGGUGGUCCUUAUGUUUGUCAGACUUCCGCUGGGAAUUGGGUUCUGCAAGGUGCUGUCAGCUGGGGUUCUCCGCGAUGUUCUGCAGCAGAGCGAUAUACAGUGUUUGCUCGUGUUGGCAAGUUCAGAAAUUGGAUCGACAAGAAUAUGAAUAGUGGGAUUAUACCACCAACCACAAUACCGCCA